AUGAUCACACCAAAAGAAGUUCACUUUGUUGUAUUUGUUCAUGGAUUAUGGGGAAAUACUGGACAUUUAAAAUAUUUUGUUGAAGAAUUUAAAAAGAGACAUGGUGAAAAUUUGAAUUCUGAAUGUAAUGAAUCAGGUUAUACCUAUGAUGGUAUAGAUGUUUGUGGUGAUCGAUUAAUUAAAAAGGAAGAAAAGAUUAUUCAAGAAAAUAAUAAUUUUAAAAUUACAAAAUUUUCAAUAAUCGGUUAUUCACUUGGUGGUUUGAUAGCAAGAUAUGCCAUUGGUGAACAAUUACAAUUUGUUGAUAAUUAUGAUAACAAUGAACCAUUAUUAUUAAUAAUGUCAAAUCCAGAUAAAAUAUAUUACAAAGCUCUUUCACUAUUUAAGUAUAAAAGAGUAUAUGCAAACACCACGAAUGAUAGAACUGUGCCUUAUUGGACUGCUUCAAUUUCAAUAAUUAAUCCAUACAGGUCAUUAUCAAAAAAACCACAAAAAAAUUCAGCAAUUAAAAAAUUAAUUGGAUUUAUAAAAAGAUUCUUCCUAUUUACAGUGGUUGUGCCAAUUUUAUUUCCAUUUUGGUUUGUUAUAGUUUUUAGUACUGUAACGAUACAAGGAAUCAAAUCAAGAAGAAGAGUAAAGAGAAUUUUGAAAAGAAAAAAAAUCAUUGAUGGCAAUGAACAUUCAACAUUUAAUCAUCACACAAAACUUGCAAUAAAUACCUCUAAUAUGGAGGAAGAAGCUAUAGAAACUGCAAUGAAUAUUAAAAAUAUCCUACCACAAAGUCAACCACCUUCUCCAACAUUAUUAGUAUCAGAUAUCGAAAGCAACAACAGUAAUAGCACCAAUAGUGAUGAUAAUAACGAAUUUAAUUCAAUGAUAAAUUCCUCAACACCCUUACAGUCAUCUCAAGUUACACUAUCUAAAGCUCAAUCAGACAGUUGUAAAUAUUUAAAUAAGUUAGAAUGGGAAAAAUAUUCCGUCUAUCUUGAUGUAAUGAAUGCUCAUGCUGCAAUCAUUGUUAGAAAUAAAUUGCAGGGUGCUGCUGGUAAAGAAGUUUUAAAACAUUUUAUAGAAGUAUUUGAUACAUAA